CUAAGAAUGAUAGAAUUAGAGUGUAGCAUUUAAAAAUGGAGUAUUGUAACUUUUUACAAUUUUGUUUGUUUUCAAACAAAAAUAAACUGCUAAAUAAGAUGCAGAAUCUACAGGUUACCAGACUUGGAAAUGUAUAUUUAUGCCUCAGACAAUGAAACUAGCAGCGUUAAAUGAAGACAGGAGUGACGAUAGCUCGUCAGAACCGACAGAGGAACGCGUGAAUGAGGCCAAGGAAGCUGAGGCUUUGGAACUUUACAAUCAAGCGCUCCAGUACCAACAAAAGGGUAACAAUAGCCAAGCAAAAGAACACUAUGAAAAGUUAUUGAAGGCAUCUCUUGUUGCAGAUGUUGAGGAUGCAAAUGAGAAUGGUCAAUGUCGUCACCCAGGCCUCAUACUUAAAUAUUCAGCAUUCAAAAAUCUUGCAAGUCUUGCAGAAGAUGAGAAUGAGCAGGAUAAGGCUAUUGAUCUUUAUCUAGAGGCAGCAGUUAUUGAUGACUCUGAUGUUACUUUAUGGUAUAAAAUUGGUAAACUUGCAUUGAAAAUGGGCAAUCUUCGACUAGCAAGAUAUUCAUUUGAGCAGGGAUUGAAUAUCAAUUCAAAACAUUGGCCUUGUUUAGAUGAACUUGUUACAAUCCUUUAUGCAAUUGGAGAUUAUCAUGCAUGUCUCUCAUUCAUUUCAAUGGCAUUUGAAAGAGAUAACUCAUACCCCAAAGGUCAUAUAAUGAGAGAGAAAAUAUACUCUGACUUUCCCACCUUCAGGAAUGAGUAUCAAGAAUUAAGAGGGAUGACCAGUGCUAGACACCAAAGCUUUGAAAAUGAUCUUUGCAACGAGAUCAUUGAUGAAGCUUUGCAGUUACGACAGAAGAACAGAGAAAGAAAUGUCUUUCCCGAACCACCUCCUAUCGUUCCUGUUAAACACUUAUCACUUUACACGUGGUGUUCUUUGGGAAAUUGUUUGGUUGCUUUGUAUCAGCAAGUUACGUCAGAUGAUAAUUCGUUUAAUUUAUGUCAAAGAGUCAAUUUGGAAAGUUAUUGCAAAAUUACCAUUACACCAGAAAUUGGCAGAGCUAACGCUCCUCAAAAGAUAUUUAACAUCAAGGAAACUGAAGACAAGAGAACGACGAAUAAUUUGAAAAGAAAAAAAUCAUUUCUAACGGAGGAAACAGACCCUUUAAACGCUCCAAAGCGUCGAUCAGCUAGGGUCAGUAAAAGUAAAAAAGCGAAACAGGAGGAAGUAAAUUACGCAGAAAUUUUACAAGAUUUCCUACCUGACGUAUUAAAGAUUGGAAGUCAAACUGAAUCAAUGGAGGAUUCGCAAAGUCAGAUAAUCGAUUCGCAAGAAGUGGAUUUAGAAUUUGAAUUAAGCAACAUACCUGCAAUUUCUUGCGAGAAUGAGCCAUUGGAUGUUCAAACAUUUGUGAAGAAGCACAUGGAGAAAAGUGGAACGUUGGAUCUUCUGUGCAAUUUUGCAAUGCAUCUAAGCGACCAUUGUCAGUAUAAAUGGUCAACAUCGUUGGUUGAAGCAUUUCUAAAAAUAUAUGGUUGCGUUCGACCACAUUUAUCAUUUCCAGCUUUAUUUUCUCAAGACAGUUCAGAAGCAGAGAUAAUGUCAUAUUCAAAGCUUGCUCUAGUUGCCAUAGAACUGACGUUAGAUAAAUGGUGCACGGAGAAAUCAAAGUCAUCGUCCAGUCUCUCGCCCGCUGGUUCACCUCGAUGCUCGAGUGUACAGGCCAUUGCAGGCUCACCUUUGAAACGGGAUUUUCUUGGCAAGUACUUUCAGCAUGAUCUUGAAUACAUUGCGCAGGCGUCUAAUUCUGCUGCAAGUCUCUCGGAGGAUAAAGGUCUCAAGUUUGCUCUUAGAGUAAAUUGGGCAAAAGUUCGCUUCAUGAUGCUUCAAGGUCAAAUGAAACUUGCAGUGAUUUAUCUCGACAGGUGUAAAGGUUUGAUCGAACUCAGUGAGACGCCAUUGGCUGUGCUUCUUGUAAACUGUAAGGCCGAUAAUGUUAUAAACAUCAGUCAUGUAAGAAGGAAACUGGAGUCUCUUCAACGCUGUCAGUCAUUGGAAGAGGUUCAUCGCCUUUACGAGCUAGGUCAGUAUAAGGAUGUUGUUGACGUACUAUUGAACUCACUACAUCAUCCACCUCCCAUGGGUAAGAUUGGUAAUGGAGGAAUGUCCAUCCCAGAACGUCCAGCUCAAUUGCUUCUUCUUCAAGACUCUCUUUUCAAGAUUGAAGACUACAAGACGUGUUUGACAUGCUCAGAAGUUGCGCUUAAUGAAGCCGUGAGCCAGAUGACCCCGUGCGAGGCCUGGGCUACAACUUUCGAGAGAAUUUUCACCUGUAUUAACUCCAUUCUUUUGAAGGACGACUCAAUGUUGCAUUCGUUUUCCAUCGACAAACUUCAUCGUUUGACCCAAAACCUAAUAAAGGUUAUAGAAGUAUCCAUGGAAACAAGUGAAAGCGCCUCUGAUGUUCCUUUGGCAACGGUGAUGCCUUGGGUACUGCUCUAUCGAAUUAUACAAAGCAAAGAAGAAACAGCUGGCACUAUAAAUGUCGAGUUUGAAGAAACUCAGAUAGAAACUGAGACGAUUUCAAACGCAAAUGAGAACGUCAAAGCCGUCGAGGAAUCCAGUAACGACUCCAGUUUGAUAAAAAAGCAACAGUUUAGUUUACCGUUAUCCUUACUGUUUCUUCAACUUGCCCACGAAGCAUUGGGAGGGCGUUCUUGGUGUGUCAAUAGUAAUGGUGUAUUCCUCUUGCUGUUUGUCGACGAGUUUUGGAAAAGUUUGUUGUCUAAAGCAGAAGCAAUAGAGAAAAAUCGAAGUAGAAUCCUACAUGAACUCGAGCAAUGCUUUUUUUGCCUCUAUGGUCACCCGUCCAAGAAAGCAAAGGCGAGAGGUCUGCAGGAACACGGCUCCACUCAGAUCACUUUAACAUGGCCGAAUUCUGAAGUUGUCUUUGAGUUCUUCAAACCCAUGACUCUUCCCACGUUUGAAGAUAAAACAAACACGGUGACUAGCGAGGUUCAAAACUUAAUGCGACGUAUUUCAAUGAUAAUUCCUCAAAACGAAAUGCAGGUGAUAUCUAUUGAAUCAGUGCAAAAUUACAUCGAUGGUUCCACAGAGGAAGCUCCAAAACUUCCUGAUAUUUCAUCUCGUGUUCACAGGCCGGUGACAAGUGAUAUUUUUUAUCUUUUGGCUGAUUCUUAUUUCAAAAAUAAGGAGUUCAGUAAGGCCAUCAAGUUUUAUAUUCACGAUGUUUGCUGUAAUCCAAAUCGUUUUGAUGCCUGGGCAGCAAUGGCCCUAGCGAGACAAGUGAGACUUGAAGAUAAACUGCGAUCGUGCGAGCAAAAGAGCGAAGGACUAAUUCAAAAGCAUUCAGUUUCCACUUUGAGAUGUUUCAAGCGGGCGCUGGAAAUUGACAACACAAACACAAACCUUUGGGGUGAGUACGGAUCCUUGUCUUAUUGUCUACAGUCGUACGCCUCAAGACAACUUAAACAGGUUGAAGCGCUAACCCCAGAGAGCAAAAAGAUUUUGGAAGAGAAAAGACAAGACAUGCUAAGUGAAUCAAAAAAAUGUUUCAACGAAGCUUUGCAUAAAGCUGAUAACGACGAAGCGUGGCUACAGUAUUAUAUGUUAGGAAAGAUUGCUGAGAAAACUAACGAGCCUCCUCAGGAAUACUUAGAGUUGUACAUCAAGGCUUUCGAAGAGUUAGAUAAAGAUGGUGCGGAGUAUCCUAGAAAGAUAACUUACCAUAACCCACCCAACCUCUCGCUUGAAGCUCUUGAGGUUGCAUUUCGAUUCCACAGUUCAACAUUAAAGUUACUGAUGAAAUGCAAAGAUGAAAGUGAAUAUCGUCUUGUGCAAGAUUAUCUGGACAGAGUUUCCCGUUGUCCGUUCUAUCUAGAGAAGUCUAGAUCAAGCAAAGAAGAUGAGUCAGCAACAAAGAAAAGUUUAGAGAACUCUCAGGAAUCAAGAACGUGUAGCAACCAAGAAAAAUACAAUGCAAAAGAUGAUGUAGUGAUGUCUGAAACUGCAGACCCUGGAAAAUCGGAUAUCAAAGAUAAUGAAGUGAAUUCACCCCAUGAGAGUCAUAUAGCUGACACAAAUGCUCCAGAGCCUGAAAUUGUCCACAAUGUAGAAUCAGCAGAAGCCGGUCAUGAACUAGACGAAGAUUUUGAUGAGAAGAUAAUACAUGAAAUAGUUGCUGAUGACAAUAGAGAACAAGAAAUCGAGGAAGACGUCAAAGAAAAACGAGACAAAAAUCAACAUAAUCAAGAAUCAAGACAAGAACAACAAACCCAGCUGCAACAAAAAUCACUAACACAACAACAAUCACAACCUCAACAACAGCAAUCAUUGCUACAACAACAACAAUCAUUGCUACAACAGCAACCACAGCUACAACAACAACAAUCAUUGCUACAACAACAGUCACUGCUGCAACAACAACAAUCAUUGCUAAAACAACAAUCACUGCUACAACAACAACAAUCAUUGCUACAACAACAAUCACUGCUGCAACAACAACAAGCACUUCUACAACAACAAUCAUUGCUACAACAGCAACAAUCAUUGCUUCAACAGCAAUCAUUGUUGCAACAACAAUCACAAUCAUUGCCUCAACAGCCACUACAACUACAGCAACUAUCUCAACAACAAUUAAUGACACAACAAUUGUCACAGCCACAAACACAGUUAAUACAAAAACAAUUACAGCAACAAGAAUUCUCACAACAGGAAGAGCAAUUAAAACUUCAACAACAAUUGCGGCCAAAAGAGCAUUCACAGCUACAACAACAAUAUUCACAACGACAGCAACAAUUACCGCAACAAGAACAACCACAACAACAAUCACCACAACAAGAACAACCUCAACAACAAUCACCACAACAAGAACAACCACAACAACAACCACCGCAACAAGAACAACCUCAACAACAAUCACCAAAACAAGAACACCCACAACAACAAUCACCGCAACUAGAACAAUCACAACGGCAUCAACAAUCACAGCAAAAGGAACAUUCAGAACAACAACAGCAAUCACAACUGCAUCAACAAUCACAGCAAAAGGAACUCUCAGAACAACAACAGCAAUCCCAACGGCAUCAACAAUCACAGCAAAAGGAACAUUCAGAACAACAACAGCAAUCCCAACGGCAUCAACAAUCACAGCAAAAGGAACAUUUAGAACAACUGCAAUCACAACUGCAUCAACAAUCACAGCAAAAAGAACUCUCAGAACAACAACUACAAUCACAACUGCAUCAACUAUCACAGCAAAAGGAACACUCAGAACAACAACAGCAAUCACAACUGCAUCAACAAUCACAGCAAAAGGAACACUCAGAACAACAUCAGCAAUCACAGAAAUUGGAACAUUCAGAGCAAGAACAGCCAUCGCAAUUAAAUCAAAAACAACCACAUGGACAAUUGUCCCAGCAACCGCAAACACAUGCGUUUUCACAUUCGGCUGUAACGUCAUCACAGAAAGAAGUAAAUUCGAAUAUUUUAAUGGAAGGUCAACCGCCAGAUUUACUAGACUAUAUUGAUACCUAUUACAGCUUGCUCACUAAAGAUAAGUUGAUGCAAAGAUGUCUCGAAGCUUUGGCAAUCUGUCUUCGACGUUUUCCUCAGCAUUAUAAGUCGCAAUAUCGUUUAGCUCAUGCUUAUAUGAAAAUAAAAUCUAUCAAGAAUUCUAAAUUGAGUCGAGAUUUGUUGCUUGGUAGCAAUUUAGCUGGGGAUAAACCGUUCGGACUUUCAAUUCAAGGAUUGUUAAACGAGAAAAGUAAAACGAAUUUAUUUCAGGGAAUUUGGAGGAUUCCUCUGGAUGACGUUGAUCGUCCGGGAAGUUUUUGUACACAUAUGUUCAAGUGUGUACAACUGUUAACAGACGUGCUGGAUGAUCUGGAGGAGUGGCAUUCGUUGCUUCUAGUUUCAAGUCUCUUGUACAGAAGCCCAGACUCCGGCAAGAAGUAUUUAAGAGAUAAUGAGCGUCUGCAGCUUGCAUCAAAGGCUUUUUUGUUGUCUUUGAAAAUUCUUCAGCGACGCUUCGAUGAAUUGAAAAAGUUACAGAAAGCAGAUAGUCAGUUAGUUAAGACCUUGUUCAACGAUACGUAUGAAAGCUAUAAGUGCUCGCAGAAAGCUCAAAAAUAUGUCGAGGAGACAGAGAAAUUGUUGGUCCAAGUUUAUGAAUUAACUGGGCUACAGAUGAUUGAUAAUUCGCUACCAGAUGAAGGAGCAAAGAGCGAGAGCGCUGUUGUAGAUGAAAUUGUAAAAUAUUUCCAGAAUCAAUCCAGUUUUUCCAAACCUCUGUCUUCAGCAGUUUAUGAUUGCGAAACACCUGCCGCUCAAUCCAAGACUUGUGAAGAUACCGAUGUGUUGAAAAACACUGAUUCGCUGUUGACAUCUCCGGAGAAUAUUGUGAUAAAUAACUCAAAAAUGCUAUCAUCAAUCAAUGUCACUGAUUCUAUGAAUGAAGCUGCUUAUUGUACAGAUGCAAAUAAUGUGGAUACGUCACAAAGAGAUGAGAUGACAGUAGAUUCCGCCCCAGAUCAGAAAGACUCGUCUCUAACUCUACCUCCAUUAAUUCCCGACUCAAAGCAAGAUGAUGCAAAAGUAUAACGAAAACGAGAGGAAGAUUUGAAACAACUUUUUUACGUACGCUAUGAGCACGGGUUAGUUGAUAAAGAUGCUCUUCGCUGGAGUAAUUUUGCAUAAAUAUUAAGUUUGCAUUAAAGAAUAAAUGCUUCAAAUUUCCUUCUCAA